AUGGAGGAGUCAGUCCACCACGGUAAAGCCGUGCCAGUGGUCGACAUUCUAUUCCUCGGUAGUCCUGGUAUCGGAAAGGCUACCUUUUUGUCCCAGCUACAACACCUCCGUAACGGGAAGCUCGAUGUCUCUGCUCCCAAAGAUCGCGUCUUCGCACCUGAAACGCCACUGUCGUUCGACGUGACCCUCUUCGCCCGUCCCUACCAGGUCCACGUUUACACUUCCACCUCGACACUCUUUAUUGAUCCAUUUCCAGACGAGCCAAACUUCACCAUCAUUGCCUUCUCGAUCUCCUCCCGCGAGUCUUUGCACAAUGCCCAGUUUUACUGGCGGAAGCAGUUGUCCAUGCACUACCAUGACCAAGAGCACAAUAUGCCUGUCAUGCUGUUGGGGUUGAAGAGAGACGAGCGAACGGACAACAGGCUCGACGACGGAUCGUUCGAGUGUGUCAUGCCUCAAGAGGCAUACCGCGUGGCACAGGAGAUGCGGUGUGACAGGUAUGCCGAGUGCAGUGCUGUCACUGGCGAGCUCUUAUGGGAAGUCCUUGAAGAUAUUACCCGGACUGCUGCAAAGACUACAACCGACGCAGGCGGACUCAGUCAAGUCAACACUUGCUGUUUAAUGUGA